UAUAUCCAAUUUUUUCUUCUCAGAGAUACAUACAAACACUCUCAUAGUCGCUUGUAUUUUAUAUGUGUCACCUUUGUAUUUAUAACUCUGUCCUUCCUUCCUUCUCCUGUCAUUUUUUUGUUAUAAUCUCGUUUCAGAGAUAAAUCCCUAAAGAUUUAUUGGGAUUUUAAAGAAUUCAUUAAUUAAUGUGUGUGUGUCUCUCAAUGCAUAUUUAAAUAAAUAUGAGAAAGGUGCAAGCUUGAAUGGUUGUGUUGCUGUUUCUUCUCCCUCUCUUGUUCGUGGCUUUCUUCCUCCUUUUAUUCAUUUCCUUUAAGUUCCUGCUACAGGCUGAUCAUUCGGUUGGUUUAGGAUCAUUUCUUUUUAUCUCAUUGGCUCGAGCUGUGUGUCCUUGCAUGCAAAUUGCAAAUUUGAGAAUUUGUUGAGCAGAUUGUUUCUGGGUGUCUCUGCAAAAAAUUUGGCACACGUUUUGUGUUUGGUUUCAGUUCUGUGUAAUUAUCAUGGCGCAAUUGCCUCCCAAGAUCCCAAACAUGGCGCCCAAUUGGCCUGACUUUUCUUCUCAUCAGAAGAUGCCUUCCCUUGCAAGUUUGUCGCCAAAUAAUGUGGCUGCCGCCAACGCUGCUACCACCACCGCCCAUCAGAAUCCUUCUUGGGUGGAUGAAUUCCUCGACUUCUCGGCGGCCCGACGAGGGGCUCACCGGCGAUCCGUGAGCGACUCCAUUGCCUUCAUUGAGGCGCCAAUGCUGGACGAUUCUCGUGGUAACUCCGGCGUGAUUCCUCCGAGGCCUGGGGGUGACAAUGAGUUCGAUAGAUUUGAUGAUGACCAAUUCAUGUCUAUGUUCACCGACGAUUUAUCUGGAGCUCCCAUGCCCCCCACCAUGUCGUCCUCCAAUCCUUCAAGCCCUUCUGAUCAUAACAGCAUUAAUGAUGAGAAAGAAACCGGCCAAAACCAGAACCAACCGAAGGAGGAGAAGGAGAAGGAGCAUGAGCAGCAGAAACAAGUGAAGAAUGAAUCAGAUGAGGUUGAAAGCCAAAGCGAACAGGAAACUCAACCUCCAAAUAACACCAAUACAGCUUCUUCGACAGACAAAAUUACUGACCCUAAGAGAGUGAAAAGAAUCCUGGCAAACAGACAAUCUGCACAAAGGUCACGAGUGAGGAAGCUGCAAUACAUAUCGGAGCUUGAACGAAGUGUAACUUCAUUACAGGCCGAAGUUUCAGUGCUAUCUCCAAGAGUUGCGUUUUUAGAUCAUCAACGAUUGCUUCUAAAUGUUGACAACAGUGCGCUGAAGCAAAGAAUCGCCGCCCUUGCCCAGGACAAGAUCUUUAAGGAUGCUCAUCAAGAGGCUCUAAAGAGGGAGAUAGAGAGAUUGAGGCAAGUAUAUCACCAUCAGAAUCUCAAGAAAAUGGAAAAUCCUGCAGGGCCACCAUCACCAUCCUCAUCUCCAACACCGAACACAGAAUGUGGUGGUGCUAAGACAGAAAAGGAACAAUUUCUCAGUGUCUGAAACCUCUCCCUAGGAGACUCUCCUAAAGUAUGGUCAAGUAGCUAGCUAGUUUUUAUAUUUCAUGGAGUGAUAAUUCCUUUCAUUAUUGGAUAAAAGAAGAUUGCAGAGUUUAGGAUGGGAUGGGAGGAAGAAAAGAAUCAGAGAAAUAAGGGGAAAACACUACUUUCUUCUGAGCCUGUAAGGUAUUGAAUGGUUAUGGUACCACUGAUGGGUCAGUGAUGGUGGGAAAUUUUUACUAAGCCAACACGAAGAAAAAUAUAUACACUGAGAGGGGCAUCACAUUGUAAGUGGGGAGGCCAUUGGUACGCUCCUGCAAUCAACUGUGCUGUCACGUGAUGUGCUUCCUUUAAAGAAGGGGACCACCCAAAGUUUGCAUGAUUGGUGUGCAGGGAAACACAUGUGCACCAGUGGCAAUCUAAAGAGGGUGGAUGAGACAGUUGUGUCUGCUUUAACUAAAUAGUCUGAAGAUAUAAUGAGAUCAUUCUUUCAGUUUUUUUAUUACUGUCUUUGAUUCUUUUCUUUCCUUUUUUCUCUUCAGUUUGGUGUUUUUUUUUGGGGGGGGGGGGGUGAACAAUGUAUUGUUGUUAAGUCAAGCUGGAAAGCAAACACUGGUGGGGCUGAGUUGGAAUAGAUGAAGGGAAGGAAGACAUGUGAGUGGAGUGAAGGGUCCUCUGGGUUUUGUUGUAUUUUUUGUUGUCUUUCUCUUAUGGGGAGGUCUUCAAAACCUAGACACAAAUGGGGGGAAUGGGACAAGGUUGCUUUGUAAAGAUUAAGCUCUAAUUAAUCUUAAAGAUUGAAGUUAUUAUGUGAAUUGGUAGCUCACGGGGAGCUUUGAUAUGUAAUCUGUUACUGCUGUAUUUUAAUGUAAUCAUCCUUGUUUGAAAAUUUUAAUUGAAAAAAAAUGUAAAUAGUGCCAUUUGUGGC